ACCGCAGCUUAAGCAUGUAGCCAGCUAAUGCAGCGUCGAAAACAAGCAGGACCUGUUUAUGUGUUAGCUAGCUAGCCGACAGCGAUGGCGUCGAGCUGGGGGAUAUUUUCCGUCGUUUUCUCUUUAACUAUCGUCUUUAUUUCGACAUUUUCAGAAACGCGGCAGUUGAGUACGGAAAAUGUGAUCAAUGUGACUGCAGUUAGUGAAAACAAAGAGUCAUCCUACAAUGUACAGAUAAACCUGAGUGUUGCCAUGGUGGACAACAAAACUAUGGUCAACGGAGUUCAUCUCAAGCCCUCGGAGGUGACAAGAAUGACAUGCCAGGCUUUGUUGUUAGAUGACAGUAACGUUACCCUCAGCGAUGGAGCUGGGGAGCUGGUCAGCAGUGUGAUGAGACUCAUGCUGGAUCAGUCAGAAAUGCAGAGUGAUGCAGGAGAAGAGGUGCUGCUGCUGACUUUGGGUCAGGAGAUAAUCCAGCUGGGCCAAGAAAAUGUGUGGCAGCCAGAUGUGUGGGAGAUGAAAAUGCUGUUGAACCAGAACUCUGAGGAGGUUACUCGGGUACACGACUUCUUUCCCAUGUCGCAGAGCAAGAUCUCAGCCAUGCCGAGGGAAAAUGACAUCAUCAUGACUGAUGAGUCCAUCCCUGAAAAAGCUGAGGACCAAGUCCUGCACACCACAAGUCACUACCCACUCAAACAAGCUGAAACUACCCAGGAGGAGAUCGCUGCUCCAGGGAAACUGCCUGAGACACCUCUGCGCAUGGACCCUAGCACGUUGUACGAGUCUGCACAGGACGAAACAGUUAAUCCGGACAACCUGCUGCCUGAGGUUCCGCUGAGACAGUCCCCCUCCUCUUAUAAUGUGGUGUGUCGAUGGGUGGAGGAGCUGAGAGAUAGACUCAAGCGCUUCUGCUCCGAGUCACUGCCACUCUUCUUCCUCAUUAUGUGGGUGGUAGUUGUGGGGGUUGUGGGCUCUGCCGUCAUCAUCAAGAUUCUGGACGUCUUGUUUCCCUCUUGUGAACACAAGGGAUUCUUUCACCUGAACCCAGAGACCCUGAUGCCAGUGGAGGAGGACGAAGAGAAGCAGAGUCUGGUAGAGAGCAUGGAGAUGGAGAGAGAGACAGAGGAGAAAAGCGGUGUGAGGGAAGAUUCCUACUGAUCUUUCGAUUACCUGUUUGGGGCAUUUCAGGUUGAAGGGAUGCCCGAGAGUUCUUUUUUUUUCCCCUCCAAACGUAGCACUUUAUAAAAUCAAAUUUAUUCCAUUGCAUUUCUUUAUUCGUUCAGUGUUUUGUUUCAGUGAGGCAUUAAAAGGAUUUGUUAAACAUCUCCUUGGGCCUGUCUCGUGAAGCGAGUUCAGCUUAGUGAGGGUUCCUGACUACGUUUUAGCUUCGUAGAACCAAUGUACAAAGAAAUGGAACCAUGGUUAACAACUUUCUCUGUUAAUUCAGGUUUAGAUACACUAUGAUUAAUCCCUGUGCACAUGCACACGAAAGAGUGACUGACAAACAGCUAAUCGUGGCUUAUUUUUCAAAGAAGAAAAAGAAAUCUACAUAAAUGUUUAGAAAGCUGUCUUAGCACUGCGUCCACAUGCUAAAAAAGCUGGAUUCUUCACAUGAUUGAUGCCACAAACGUCAGGAAGUAAACAAAGUAACCAGAGUGGGCCAGCUCUGUCAGUUUCCCAUUGUUUAGGCUGGGAUUGGUCCAGGAGAUGAUCCGAAAUCCAGAAUUUAAAUGUCCUUGGAGGAGGUUGGGCAUGCAGUAUAAACUGUAAUGGUGAUGUACCUUGGUGAACAGUGAUCCAGCAUCACAAGGCAUCCUGCUUUGUGAGACAGGCCCUUGAUUUCUUGUUUGUAUUAGCUGAGUGCUACUGCAUUGUGCCUAUGGACAAAUAUCUUGACAUGUAUGAUGUGAUAUAAAAUAGGAUGUGGUGUAAUUUUGA